UACAUGUCUUCCUUGACUCCAGUUACUUCAAACCUUGAGUGUCAGGUCUGCCGUGCUCCUUUUUUCAUGUAUGUAUGUUUAUCCAGUGUCUAAAUGGUUAAUCUAGUGUAUUGUGACGUGCUCCGAACAACAGUGUUAAAUUAAACGACUGUGUGUUGUAAGUAACGUAGAUUGCUAACAGACCAAGUAGGUACUAGAGAGAAGGCUACGCUAUGUUGGCGAAACGACGCUACGGCUAGCUUAAGAAAGUAAGCCUGAUUUUCAUUUCAAGUCGCCUGGUGUGGGUUGCGUGCAGUUUAGGAUAUCUGGUAAACGACCAACCUAGCAGAGAUUUCAACGGGUAUUUCGAGAGCCGUGUGUGAGGUGAGGGUUAUGGGAGGAGGCAGAUGGAGUCCGUCUGAUGCUGCCGUCGGCUUCUGCAGCAGGGUCCUCAGCUCCCUCCUCCUCCUCCUGCCCCUUUUCGCGCUGCACCUGCUGUUCGUGAUCAGCUGUUCAUGCUUCUUGGCGCCUGUGUCCCUCGCCAGCGCAACCACAGCUGCUUCAGCUGCUGCCGCCUCCUCGAACCACCGCUAUUGCGUCAUCGGGGCUGGGCCUGGCGGUCUGCAGAUCGGGUACUUCCUGCAGAAGGCCGGGAGGGAUUACAUCAUCUUCGAAAAGGCUAAUUACUCCGGUAGUUUCUUCAGCGUCUAUCCCCGGCACCGUCGCCUAAUCAGCAUCAACAAGAGGCAGACAGGACGUACCAACUUCGAGUUCAACCUCCGCCAUGACUGGAAUUCCUUACUCUCGGACGAUGAGACUCUUCUCUUCAAGCAUUUCUCGACGGAUUUUUUCCCCGAGGCAGAUGCUAUGGUACGGUACCUGAAUGAAUAUGCCAGCCGCCUAGGCCUUCAAGUGAAAUAUAACACUGAGGUCAGAGACUUGAGGCAGGUUGGUGUUAGUGGAGACUAUCCUGGCACGCAUUUUACCAUGAGAGACCAACACAACCGUCAGUACACCUGCAAGUAUGUUGUUAUGGCAACUGGCCUUGGUAAGGCUAAUGCUCCUACUUUCCCUGGCUCAGAACUAGUAAAAGGUUAUGAAGACAUAGACAUUGACCCAAGUGUUUAUGAAGGGAAAAAUGUACUCAUACUGGGCAGAGGCAAUGCUGCUUUCGAAACUGCAGAUGCUAUCUAUGGAAGAACAAACAUGGUGCACAUGGUUUCACGAUCUCGAGCUCGUCUCUCCUGGAAUACUCACUAUGUUGGUGACCUAAGAGCUAUCAAUAAUGGUUUGCUCGAUACAUAUCAGCUUAAAUCUUUGGAUGGUCUCUUGGAAGCAGCUGUUGAGGACAUGGUGUUGGAACGACGUAAUGAUCGUAUUUAUGUCCAGUUUCCUUGGGAUUCAGACUCUCUUAAACAAAUCAGCGCAAAGAGAGAGCUUGGAGAAGAAGUGAGCACUGAAAAUGACUUUGAUAACUUUUCUUUAAGAGAAGGGUAUGAUUAUGUCAUACGCUGCCUGGGUUUCAAAUUUGACUUCUCAAUAUUCAAUACCUCAGCUCUACCAGCCCAUUCAACAAAAAAGAAGAAAUAUCCAGGAAUUAAACAUACAUAUGAAGCCCAGAAUGUUACUGGAUUAUACUUUGCAGGAACUUCAACACACUCUCUGGACUACAGGAAAUCAGCUGGAGGUUUUAUUCAUGGAUUCCGUUAUUCAGCACAAGCAUUACACCGCCUUCUUGAGUGGCGUCACGAAGGUCAGCGAUGGCCAGUAACUGAGCAUUCAACACGUGAUCUCCUUAAUAUUCUUGUUCGUAGGAUUAACGAAGCUUCUGGACCCUACCAAAUGUUUGGUGUUUUAGCUGAUUUUGUCCUGUUAAAAGAAGAUGGAAGAAGAUUUGAACUGCUCAAAGAGUUUCCAGUUCAUUUGCUAGCAAGGCUAGAAGAGCUAACAGGUCGUGAAGCUGGAGAGGUUAUAGUGGUUCUCAUGGAAUAUGGGCCAGAUUUUUCUGGACCUGACAAAGAUACUUUCAGGGCUGAUCGAGCUACUGGUGACCCACUUGAAGCCCACAGAUCAAAUUUCCUGCAUCCAGUCUUUUACUACUAUAAAAAGCUACCUACUGAAUCUGAAAUGCUUAACAAAUGGGGAAAAAUGUCCUUACCUCGACCUACCCGUGUCCAUCAUGUCCUAGAAGACUUCCUUACUGUUUGGACUGCCCAGCAGAGUCACAUUCUGCCCUUGAGACGCUUCCUGGAAUAUGUUACUCGCAGAGAUCUUCGCCAUCAUUAUGCCGACUCUUGCUUAGCUUAUGCCCUCACAAAUGGGCACCCACCUCCUUUGUGUUCAUUUGGUGGUGACCUUGGUGCUUCACUAAUACAGAAAGCUACGCCAAUUUCAAGUGUCAAUUUUCAAGAAAUGGGAAAAGCGCAAGCAAAAGGCAAUUCUACAUUUUCUGUUCCUUCAUCUUUUAGGCACCAUACACCAGCAACACCUAUUAUAGCUGCUACUUCAUGAGAACCUGGAAAAUCAAGAAAAAGGAUGUUACAUUGGUAAAGUUAUUAGUUUACUUUAAUCCAAAAUAUGUCAACUAUCAUCAUUACAUUUAGAAAGAAAUACUUCAGGCAAGUAUAUCGUGUAAAUGAGAAGUUUUUUAUUUACAAUAUUCUGACUUCUCAUUCCACAUGUCUGCAGCAUGAUAAAUUACAAAAUGUACUGCCUUUCCAUAGUUACAAUAAAGGACAUGGUGAAUAUA